CAUUGGGGCUACACGAUUUACAGAACAUAUUAUGGUCGUGGGUCUAACGAAAAGUGGUCAAAGCUGCUUGAAAACAUCACCGACGGCGUGGAAAACUGUCUCCACGAGCUAGAAGGGGCUGAAGAUGAGCCUGAUGAUGUCACGAAAAUGAUAGAUCAAUUUCGACUUGACGCGCAUUCACUCCCUGCCACUUUAGAUAGAUUGAUAAUGGAAGAUGUUCAGCAAGUCUAUCUAAACGGAAGUGGGGGUCAGCCGAUGAGGGGGAUUCAGAGUGACAGCUGGGGUACCUGUGUCUUCUUAUUAGCGGAUACUGAAGUGCUGCGAGACCCUAACCCUCCGCUUAUUAAAACUGUUUUGGAUUUUUACAACUGGAUGGACAUGUUUAUGUUUGAGCAGAUUGUCGUUCAUGCAUGGCCUGGAAAAUUUUGGGAUCCAGAUGAAUAUAACUGA